GCGGAUCAUUCAUGAAAAUGCACCAUUUCCUUUUAAAAGGAACCUAUCUAUUUCAAUAUUUGUGAUGUGGCUAAUCAAGAACAAUACAUCGUGCAUCAAUUAGACUAAAUCUUUCUUUGAUCAUUUAGGUAUCAGAAAUGGACACUUCUGUCAGGAGAACCAGCAAAGGAAUAUCAGGCAAUCCAUCAGAGGAUUCCAACGAACCAGUGGCUAAAUCUCCGACACUGAAGACCGUGAUCGGCAGCAUAAGGAACUAUAUUGCUACCAAAAAGGGUAGAAAAAUAAAGAUCCUGGCCUUUGAGGUAGCCAACACAAUUGCCAUGGGUUCCAACCUGAUGAACUUCCUCUCCGAGGAAAACAUAAGGUACCUGAAACGUGUUGUGCUUCAGAACCAAGGCGUCCAAAGUCUGAUCUCAGAUGAUCAGAGCCAGUUGCUUGCUCUUGUUGGGGAUGAAAUUAGACAACAGUUCAAAGAUUUUGCGGCAUCUGUUGCUAGGCUUGGGAACAUGUGCAGGGAUCCCAAAUGGCACAAUCUUGAAGGGCAUUUCUCUGGGUAAAAUUUUAGCUGCCACCACAUUACUGUUCUUGUAUAAUUCAUGGCUCAAUCAUAUUUUAUUCUAUCUGAGUGUUCAUUUGUGUGCCUCUUGUCACUGCGCAGAUUGGAGUAUGGUCCCAUAACUCAGGAGUAUUCCCAUGAAAAAGCAGCAUCCAAGAUGGAGGAUCUGAUGGAACUUGUGACUAAGACAAAGAUACUGUUUGAAGCAUUGCGCCGAUUGGGAGUCUCCGAGAAGAUGUACAGGGAAGCCAAGCAGACAGGUAUGCCACUUGAGACUUUCCAAAAUGCGGUGAACAUUGAAAAAGAAAUCGUGCAAAGCGCAAAGAAGAAAGCACUUUGGGUCAAGAAGAUUGAAAAAAUUGUGGAGGAACUUGUGUACAUUGUGCAUUACUUGCCUUCUGAGAUCAAUUGUGUCUUCUACAAGGAACAUGAAGAGGAUAGAUCUGUGAAGGCUAAUGGGAGCCCUCAGCAAACUUUAGGGUCUGCUGAUCUCCAGCUGAAUUACGCAAGGAUCGUUAUCGCCAUACAAGUUUUGGUAAGAUUCUUUGACAGUCAUUAGGCCAUUGUUCUAGGAUCUUGGUCAUUGAUCAAGUGUAGUCGUGCAUGAUAUAAACAUAUUUCCGGUUUUCAGUUGAUUUGGCACACUAACUGAAAUGUCGAAACUGAUUUUAUUUGUUCAUAAAGUUUCAAUCGCAGGUAUCCGUCGCAUCAUCGGUUCCGCAAUGUGCUGUAGAUUCAUUGUUCCAUGCACUGCCUUAUAGAAUCAGAUCAGUUUUGCUACCUAGGAUGAGACACGGCGAUUUUGACGACCAGGUGACCACUCUUUUCUGUCAAUUCCGAUUACCUGACAAAAAUGUGUAUCCUGUAUAUACUGUUCAUCUUCAUUUCUUUCUGAACUUUGCAUCUUCUUAUUGCAGAGGACAGAAACGCAGAUCGCCGAUGAGAUGACCAGGAGACUUGAAUGGCUCUAUCCAAUGGCAGAAUUUACAAUAAGGUACUGUAAUCUCUUGCCAUAUACACCAGGUUCAUUCAAUGAAUAAUAACCUGAUGCUCACCUUGUACAUAUCUGAACAUCAGGCUGUCUCAGCACACUGGAAUGAUCAGAGAAUGCCUGGUAUCAGGGUAUAUAACUAUGACUGUCGUGUCUAUUUUGUCAUGAACAAUAUGCAAAAGCACAAUUGCUGAUUUCACUAAUAAUUCCUCAUGAAAUUCUUGUAGGAGCCUCAGUGACCGUGAUCAACGUAAGAUGCUCAAGGUUCAGACACUGUACCAUGCUGAUAAGAUGAAGACUGAUGGCUGCAUCAUUGACAUGGUGAUGGACCUUCAUCUUCUCAUAAAAGCCGCGAGACUGAGGGCUGAUGCGCCGCACCAUAGCGGUCCUCUUGAUCAACCAGUGAGUACCAGUGGAUCAUCAACCAGCUCGGCUAGCACAGGCAUCAGUGGAUCGACCAGCUUCGGUAACAUUAGCACCACUUGGUCAGAUAUUGAUGAAGAUUUCAUCGCCGUGAUCGAUUAGAUUCAAGGUGUAGAUUCCCUGCAAAUUCUGAUGUAGGGAGAGGGAUGCCUGAAAAUAGAGAGGGUUUUAGCUGAGAACUGAGAUAAUGCAGAAAUUUAGUUUAUAGCUCUUUAGAUACUAGACAAGGUUGGUUUAAUGUUCGCGCAAUAUUUGAGUUCAUGAAUCUGUAUUUGAGGAGCUCACAUGUACAUUUUGUGCAAAUGGUUGGAAGAGAGAAGAAAAUGUGCUGAACAUUUUUCCUCCAAAUAAUCAGAAUUUCUUCUCCAAUAUCAUAUAUACUAGUGUGAUCAAUAAUUAAAGAUCAUGCUUAAGCAGGGAAGCAGGGAUGCUUUUUUGGGCCACUUCACCUUAA